AUGGAUGGACAUCAACAAGACACUUUUCUCGGACUCGCCCCAGAGGAUGAGAAGUUCGCGAAGAACCUCACCGCUAAGCUCGCAUUGAGCUCUCUCUCGUUGCCAUUGACUGUCACCCGUACGCUCAUCCAGCUUGGUCAUGAGCCGUUCCCAUUGUCAACUGGAAAAACUCUCAUUUGCGCCGGAAGAAACGCGUAUUUCCUUCCAAAUGCCUUCAGUUACAUGAAGCAGUUGGGAGAGACUCGCGGAUAUUUGACUCUGUGGACUGGAAUCGAUUCUGCUAUUGUUUCGUUGGCUGUUCAAGGAAUCGUCUCUCAUCGGACUCAACAGUACAUUGACCAGUACUACCCGAAUAUUGGAGGACCUCCAGAGAACCAAGACAAGGAGGAAGACGAGCUCAGCGACUCUGAUUCGUUCCGCAGAGUGUUGCGUAACGCAUUCCGCGACUCGGUCAUUCGCGUUGUUGCUGUCACCGCAGCUCGCCCAUUCACUGUUUGCUUCAUCCGCCAAGUCGCCCAAAUAAUCGGAAAUGAAACCAAGUACACUACUUGCGCACAGGCAUUGGGAGUCAUCGGAAAACAAGAGGGACCGGGAGGACUUUUCAGUGGACUAGCUCCACAAAUUCUUGGAGAGCUUCUCGUCAUUUGGGGAGUUCAUCUUAUUACGAACGGAAUUCAACGAGUGAUCCUCAAGACUGAGAUCGGAGACACUAAGCAGCAAGACGAAUCAAAGGUCAAGGCUGCCAAGGAUGUCCACAAGUUCAUCCACGCUGCUGUUCCAUUCGUCGUCAACUCCUUCGGCUAUCCAUACAGCGUGGUUUCCAGCAUUAUGGCUGUUGCCGGAUCUGGACUUGCUGUCUCAUUCCUCCCAUACUCACCAUCUUUCAACAACUGGCAUGGAGCAUGGGAUUACCUCCGCCCAACUGGAUUGAAGCGCGGAAGCCGCCUGUUCCUUCGUGAACAAGUUGGCGCUGUCACUGUUGGAGCCGAUCAACAGCUCUACGCAAGCAACACAUACUUCGCAUAA